UAACAGAGGAUGGGGGACAGAGAGACAGAGAGGAGUUUCUCUCAGUACAGAGGAUGAGGGACAGAGAGGAGUUUCUCUCAGUACAGAGGAUGGUGGACAGAGAGGAGUUUCUCUCAGUACAGAGGAUGGUGGACAGAGAGGAGUUUCUCUCAGUACAGAGGAUGGUGGACAGAGAGGAGUUUCUCUCUGUACAGAGGAUGGGGGACAGAGAGGAGUUUCUCUCAGUACAGAGGUUGGGAGACAGAGAGACAGAGAGGAGUUUCUCUCAGUACAGAGGAUGGUGGACAGAGAGGAGUUUCUCUCAGUACAGAGGUUGGGAGACAGAGAGGAGUUUAUCUCAGUACAGAGGAUGGGAGACAGAGAGGAGUUUCUCUCAGUACAGAGGAUGAGGGACAGAGAGGAGUUUCUCUCAGUACAGAGGUUGGGAGACAGAGAGACAGAGAGGAGUUUCUCUCAGUACAGAGGAUGAGGGACAGAGAGGAGUUUCUCUCAGUACAGAGGAUGAGGGACAGAGAGGAGUUUCUCUCAGUACAGAGGUUGGGAGACAGAGAGACAGAGAGGAGUUUCUCUCAGUACAGAGGAUGGGAGACAGAGAGGAGUUUCUCUCAGUACAGAGGAUGAGGGACAGAGAGGAGUUUCUCUCAGUACAGAGGAUGAGGGACAGAGAGGAGUUUCUCUCAGUACAGAGGAUGAGGGACAGAGAGGAGUUUCUCUCAGUACAGAGGUUGGGAGACAGAGAGACAGAGAGGAGUUUCUCUCAGUACAGAGGAUGGGAGACAGAGAGGAGUUUCUCUCAGUACAGAGGA